ACAAAUUUCACUGCUAGGAUCUUAUAUCCGUAUAGAAUGUUGACUGUUUAGUAAAACCUGUUGUUUUGAGAUACUUUUGUAUUUUUAUUAUGGAGCAAUUAACUCGGUCAUCUUAUAUACCGGUGUUGGAGCAGAAUGGAAAUCAGGGCGCAGGGCAUUCUAUUGUGGCUGCAAGGUACAGAGGAAAACUAAGAAAAUUAUCGAUCGCCCAACUUAUCAUUGGUUGCCUGAGCGUUCUCAUUGGUGUGAUUUUAUUCGUGUUUACAAAACUGGAACAAAAUACUGGGCGAUUAAAUAUCUUCACUGGCGAUUCUACACAAAAGAAGGGAAAGGAAUAUCUUAACAUUGGCGAGGGCAUUUGGUGUGGUAUUUGGAUAGUUAUUGCUGGAGCUUCAGGGUUGGAAGUCGGUGGGAAAACCAAUCGUCAUCAAAUCAUUGCGAACAUAGUGGUACAAAUUGUAAGCUGCAUAUUUUCCACUGUGAUGGUUGGGAUUUCAUUAUGGCUCAGUCUUGCCACCAAUAAAUUAUUCUUCAUUGGUUGUUGCAUCACUCACAUUAUACUUGGUGUCCUUGGGUUAGUGGUUUCAAUAUUAAAUGCAUUACUUACAAUUCAUAUUCAUUCAGUGUUGGGUGGUGGAGAUGGGAUUAGUUGCUGUUCACUAAAUAAGUUAUCGUUGGGCAGAGAUAUCGGGCGAAAUGAAGAUUUCUCGUCCUCACGACUUCAGUUUGUCAGAAUGUCAAUUCAAAAUCCUUCUAUUGUGUCACAAAAGACAGAAGCCAGGCAAACUCCUUCACAUCAUGGCCGUCCAAGCAUGGCUCAAAACCAUUACCAGAGUUCUGUACAAUAACUUCAAUAUUAUUAUUAAUGCUGUUUUAUAUUUGUAUGCACUUUCCAGAUUUAAUGAAUAAAUGUAUCUAAUUUAUCCUUGCGUGGUGGGAAACGACAGUCGUUAUAAAAAGGGUGUUUUGUGGACAUCAUAGCUGCUACCACCAUGUGUAAUUUUAUGGGUGAUUCAGGUGUUUUACUGUUUGCAAUACAUUAGUCUGUAAAUUA